GAGCUGAAAAUUUCACCAGUUGAGGCUGAAAGUGACGCUGUUAACGGUCGUGAAUUAAGGACAAAUGUGGAAUAUUUUCUUCGGAUGCCGUAUAUUUCCAGUCUGCAGAUCGGGUGUCCAUCCCACAACAAUUCACCAAUAAAUACUGGGAAUUUUCCCAUCAUCCUACAAGAGAAGGACAAACUCCAGGAGUAGCAGCUGAAAUCUGCGUGACUGUUAAAGAUGGAGUUUAUUAAAGAGGAGAUUGAAGACAUGAGUUAUCCAGAACCAUCCAGAAUAAAACAUGAAGAUACUGAGGAACAAAUAGAUCGGAUGGAAGUGAAAGAAGAAAGACAAGAACUGGAGGAAUUUAAGGAGGAACAUCAUGACUUUAAAUUUCAAGAAUCAAAAGCCAAAAAGCUGCACACCUGCACUCGGUGUGGAAAGAGUUUCUGUCAAAAAGGAAACCUUAACACACACAUGAGAAUUCACACUGGAGAGAAACCGUAUCCAUGCUUUCAAUGUGGAAAGAGUUUUUCUCAAGCAUCAGGUCUCAGUAUUCAUCGGCAGGUUCACUCUGGAGGAAAACCAUUUAACUGUGAUCAGUGUGGUAAAGGUUUUAAUUCACCAUCAGAUCUAAAACUACAUCUGUUAGUUCAUUCAGGUGAGAAGCCUUAUGCAUGUUCUCUCUGUGGAAAGAGUUAUGCAAGGCUUAACAGUUGUAAACAGCACCAGAAAACACAUAAUGAAGUGAGAGAUCAUGUGUGUUGUGACUGUGGGAAGAGCUAUACUACAUCUGAAUAUCUUAAACAGCACCAAAGAAUUCAUACUGGAGAAAAACCUUACAAGUGCUCAUAUUGUGACAAGAGUUUCACUCAUUCUGAAUCUCUGAAAUCACACGAGCGAGUUCAUACUGGAGAGAAGCCGUACUACUGUACUGAGUGUGAGAAAAGUUUCAAAGAUUCAACAGGUUUGAGACAACAUCUGCUUAUUCAUUCUGGAGAAAAACCAUUUAACUGUGAUCAGUGUGGUAAAGUUUUUAAUUCAUCAUUAAAUCUGAAAAAACACCUCAUAGUUCAUUCAGAUGAGAAGCCUUAUGUGUGUUCUCUCUGUGGAAAGAGUUUUUCACGGCUGGAAUGUUGUAAACGGCACCAGAAAACACAUAAUGAAGUGAAAGAUCAUGUGUGUUGUGACUGUGGGAAGAGCUUUACUAGAGCUGGUGAACUGAAACUGCACCAAAGAGUUCAUACUGGAGAAAGACCUCACAAGUGCUCAUAUUGUGACAAGAGUUUCACUCAGUUGGGACAACUAAAAUCACAUGAGCGAGUUCAUACUGGAGAUAGACCUUACAAGUGCUCAUAUUGUGACAAGAGUUUCACUCAGUUGGGAACACUGAAUUUACAUAAGCGACUUCAUACUGGAGAAAAACCUCACAAGUGCUCAUAUUGUGACAAGAGUUUCACUCAGUUGGGACAACUGAAAUCACAUGAGCGAGUUCAUACUGGAGAGAAGCCGUACCACUGUACUGAGUGUGGAGAGAGUUUUAGACAUUCAUGUCGUUUUCUCAGUCACAUGAAGAAAUAUCAUAAGUUGUGACAGUGAGCA